GGCCGCCCAGCCAUGUUGAGAAGUCUGUCAGCCCUGAGAACGAGCGAACUGCAGCCCGCCAUUGUGUUGAAACCAGGCUCUACGGAGAGAUAGGGGCACUUGGCUAAACUAUUUAGUAGCUUGACAUUUUCUUCACCCUGUAGCUUUUGUUUUAGAAACAAAUAUAGUUGGCAUAGGUUCCAGGGGAAAGGAAAUGUCAGCCCACAGCCGCAUUGAACAGAGACCGAAAGGCCAAUCAAGUAAAGUGCAAAACGGAGCUGUGACCCAAAAGGAUUCUUUGAAUGAUGAUGAGUUUGAGCCGUACCUGAACACUCAGGCCAGACAGAGCAAUGCCUAUACGGCCAUGUCGGACUCGUACAUGCCAAGCUACUACAGCCCCUCCAUAGGAUUUUCCUACUCCUUGAAUGAGGCAGCGUGGUCAACUGGUGGGGACCCACCUAUGCCUUACCUGGCCUCCUAUGGACAGCUAAGCAAUGGGGAGCCCCACUAUCUCCCGGACGCUAUGUUUGGCCAGCCAGGGCCCUUGGGGAGCAACCCUUUCCUGUCCCAGCAUGGCUUUAACUUUUUCCCCAGUGGCAUCGACUUCUCUGCGUGGGGCAGUAGCAGUUCUCAGGGACAGUCGGGGACCCCGCAGAGUGCCGGCUACAGCAGCAGUUACGCCUACGCCCCCAGCUCGCUCGGGGGAGCCAUGAUCGAUGGACAGUCCCCCUUUACCCCUGCCGCUAAUGAGCCCCUCAACAAAGCGCCUGGCAUGAACUGCCUGGACCAGGGCAUGGCGGGGCUUAAGAUCGGUGGAGCCGCCCCCGGUGGCAGUGGCGAGAUGGCUCCCAAAGUGGUCGGCUCGGGAUUAGCUGGUGGAGGACCUCUUGGGCCCGUCUCAUCCGUAGGACCCCCAAUCAUGCCCCCCAUCGCUGUUGUCCCAGCUAAACCUGCCUCCUGGGCGGACAUUGCCAGCAAGCCAGCAAAGCCUCAGCCCAAACUGAAAACCAAGGGUGGCAUGGCGGGGGCCAACCUGCCCCCUCCACCCAUCAAACACAACAUGGACAUCGGCACUUGGGAUAACAAGGGUAACAUGCCCAAAGCCACCGCCCCGCAGCAGGCGCUCCCCAUUCCAACCAACGGGCAGCCGCCCCACCUGUCCUCCCCCCAGCCCGGAGCUACCGCUGGGGGGAACCCUCAACUGCCCCUGAGCAAUGGACAGUUGGGCCCCCCGGUUGGUCAGAUGGGGCAGCAUCAACUGCCAUCCAAUGGGCAGCAAGGAAUGGCUCAGAUGCCCCCUCCUUCUCUCUCCCAGGGUCUGCCCGCUCCCCCUUCCCAGCAGCAGCAGCAGCAGCAGCAGCAGCAGCAGCAGCAGCAGCAGCAGCCUACCCAACCCACCCGCUGGGUCCCUCCACGGAACCGGGCCAACGGGUUUGCGGACGGUGGGGGCGUGGCGGGCCAAUCACCGCCCGCCGCAUCCGGCGUGGGACCGGUUCCCGGAGUCCCCUCUGAGCCUCACCCGGUCUUGGAGAAGUUGCGCAUGGUCAACAACUACAACCCCAAGGACUUUGACUGGAACCCCAAGCAGGGCCGCGUGUUCAUCAUCAAGAGUUACUCUGAGGACGACAUCCACCGCUCCAUCAAGUACAACAUCUGGUGCAGCACGGAGCACGGCAACAAGCGGCUGGACGGCGCCUACCGGUCGCUGGGCGCCAAGGGCCCGCUCUAUCUCCUGUUCAGUGUCAACGGCAGCGGACACUUCUGUGGCGUGGCGGAGAUGCGCUCUCCCGUGGACUAUAACACCUGCGCCGGCGUGUGGUCGCAGGACAAGUGGAAGGGUCGCUUCGACGUCCGCUGGGUCUUUGUCAAGGACGUUCCCAACAGCCAGCUGAGGCACAUCCGGCUGGAGAACAACGAGAACAAGCCGGUCACCAACUCCCGCGACACGCAGGAGGUGCCCCUGGACAAGGCCCGGCAGGUGCUGAAGAUCAUCGCCGGGUACAAACACACCACGUCCAUCUUCGAUGACUUUUCUCACUACGAGAAGAGGCAGGAGGAAGAGGAAUGUGUCAAAAAGGUGGAGGUCCAGGGCACUGAGCCGUACCCCAGCAACCCAAGCAACAGAAGUCACUACAGACUUCAGGAGCGUCAAGGAAGAGUCAAGUAACUUUGGGCAAAAGGACUGCAAUGCCCCCUCCCUCCCUGUUGACCCCCUCUCUGCCCCUGUCCACCCCAUCUCAUCCAGAUCUCUAAGAAAUUAUAAUGGGGUGAAGAAUUAACCAAGGACACACAAAAAAAAAAAACGUAAUGAAGACUUUCUUGAUUUUCUUUGACUUUAAAGACUUACUUGGAACUUGUAGUAAAAAGAAAAUGAUUAUUCAUAGGACUAAAACUAAAAUGCAUAGCAUCCAUUGGUGAAUCUUUUUUUUUUGCCCGACCCUACCGUUCCACUACAUUUGCUUUUUUCUUUGUAUGCGUUUUUCUUUUUCUUUAAAAGAAAGGAUUGUCUUUUUUCUUCACUUUCCAAGUGCAGGCCCUCAAUUUCACAGAGCAUACACAUCCUGUAGGAAUUUUUAGUAAUUGCUACAACAGUGCGGCAUGGUCAUGGGCAGUUUGUCACCUUUUUUUCUUUGUAAACAACUGACACCGUAUUGUCUUGAGGGGAGAAUCGACCAACGUGGAUACAUCCGAGGUUCCUCGUCAUUGGAUAUUGGACAACACAAUGGGCGGGUGUCAACAACGCUCACAACGGAAGAACCCUUGUCCCUUGCACGCUUUACAUGUUUGGUUUUGUUAAAGAGUGACCCAGGAAUCCUCUCAAUGGGCCCACCUGUUUUUCUGUUUGAGCGUACCUCUCAUGUCGGCUCUGGGGGACGUAGGAGGACGGCAAGUGGAGGAGCAAGUUUGAAAGCAGCAGUGUCGCGAUGACGAGCACCUGCUCAGUGUAUAAUUUCUACGUGUACAAAUAGGAGGGUGUGGUGGUGGGGGGGCUGGGGGCCCGGUGUCCUCUGUCCUCUGUCCUCUGUCCUGCCGCUCUUUAACGGAACUUAUUUACCCUGUUGUUUUUCUCCCUCGACCGGUUGGACAUGUUCAAUCAUUGUUGCAAUGGGCUGCAUCUCUCCCUUGUUUAUUUUCCUUUCCGUUUUCUUAAAACGGCAAUGCGAGUGGCCUUGGUCCCACUCUUCCUAUUAAUCAGUUCUGAAGUAAUAAAUGUGGUAUACUCAGCAGAA